UCUAGCUUGAAACUUUUAACUUAAAACACUGAAUGAGUUUUGACUGCAAUAAACACUUUUCAAUAUUUACAUGAAAUCCCCAAAACUUUUGUCAAUAAAAACACAUUUUAUUUGAGAUUUGGUUUGAAAUCAAUUGAAAUGUUUUCUGUAAUUAAAGGUAUUAAUAAAUGGCGACAAUUGUCACCAAAUGUACACAAAGUGAGACAAUUGUCUGCUUUUGAAUCGAGUUCUUCACCCAAAAGAGACAUGGAUUUGAGAGAAUCGGAAGAAUAUAUGAAAGACUUGCCGGACCAGAGUCUCGCCAAUCCAUACCGAAAGGCCAAACGGGUCUGUAUUUUAUGUAAAUAUGGUAUUGAAGUGGACUAUAAGAAUGUGCAACUCUUGAGCCAAUUUGUGAGUCCAUAUACGGGACGAUUGUAUGACAAACACAUCACUGGUUUGUGUGAACGACAGCAACGGGUGUUGGAAAAGGAGCACAAGAAAGCCAUUCAGUAUAGUCUGAUAUCAGCGGCCUUUAGAGAUCCCAAAUAUACCAAAGAUCCCAAACUCUUUGAUCCCACACGACCUCAACGACCAAAUCCUUACUAAUUAUCACAUC